GCUUGUUCCCAUCACGAACGCCAUCGAGCUCUCCCUGACCUGGGGCCUCAAGGGCUAUGAGGUGGACAACAAGUCGGCGCCCGACUAUGACUACAACUUCGACCUCUUUGAUCCGGAGGUGCAGGAGUGGAUCUUUGACACGUGCAGAGCGGCACGAGCCGAUGAAGAGCUGCUGGUGCGAGAGGAAGUCAUCUGCUGGAUCGAAGGCUGGAAGACCUGGGUGAUGGCGGUUGGGGGCCCCUUCCCCGUCAACAACUCUGACCUCGCAUCCGAAGCUCUUCAGGUGUUCAUGCACCAGCGCGUGGGAAGCCCCUUUCUGGGGGAUGUGGCCACUGAUGGAGUUGACUAUGCAGGGCGGCCCUACUUCACCCGCGUCAGGAUGAAGAUCAACGUUGCAGCCAAUGAUGAUGCGGAGUACCGGGAAGAAGUGCGACAGAAGUGGGACAUUUGGGUCGAGAACCGAAAUGCGAUCGCUCCUGCGAGCGUCGGUCCCAUGCUCAUGGUGUCCUACUUCUUCACGCAGAUGGAGUUGGAAAGCCAGGUUCUUCAAAGUACCUUCAUGGCCUUCGGCGGCUCCAUGGCGACGUCCCUCCUGGCCGUCGCGUUCUUUACGCAGAACGUGGUCAUUGCCUUCUACGUUUGUCUGAACAUCUUCCUCGUGGUCGGCGUUCUGGCUGGCUUCCUACUCUACUGGAUGCAAUAUCAGUUCGGAGUGGUGGAGGCCAUCGGUGCCACAAUCUUCGUCGGAUUGAGUGUGGACUACUGCUUGCACCUGGCCCACGCCUACAAUGAGGCGAACCUCAAGACGUCUCUGAAGAAGAUGCAGCGAACGCUGAUCGUCAUAGGACCUUCCAUCAUGGGUGGCGCGGUGACCACCAUCGCCGGAACUGCCUUCCUGCUCCCGUGCAGGAUGAUUCUCUUCCAGAAGUUAGGUUGGACGCUCUUCGCCAACUCUAUCGUCUCCGUCUUCUUCACCUUUACCUUCUUGACACCCCUGUUCAUCAUCCUCGGGCCAACAGGGACGACCGGCACGCUGUUCUGCUUCCCUUGCUUGAGGCGCUUCGCGCCGGAUGAGAAUCACCCAUCCAGGAGGCAUGGUGGCGGUGGCCUUCAUGAUGCUGCAGCGUUCCCCGAUUCACCUCGGGCCAUCGAUGAGGAGGCACCAAACAUCCCGGAAACGAUCCUGGAGGAGGAGGAUGUGACGCCCUAUUCGGGCGUGGCGCCCCUGCCAACGUCCUCGGAACAUCCGACGGAUGCAAUGGAG